ACGAGCCAGUCAAUCACCUGCAAAUUUACCAAAUUGGCCCUUUCACACCACUAGAGUACAGGCGUACAGCAGUACACUCGACGCCUCGACGGAGACGAUGCCGGCCGGACGGACGCCUACCUUCAAGCGCCCAUAAAUAGCCGUGCCGGGGCUUUAGCCGAGCAGCAGCAGCUCGAGCACACACGUAGACUUGAAGCUAGAGAGUCCACAGCUAGCCCCUGCUCGAGGCUGCGAGGAUGUCGCUGGAAAGGCUGCUCGACACGCUGGCCCCGGGCUCGUGGAGGAACCCCUUCAGCAUCUUCGGCACGGCGGUGGCCGCCGACACGUGGCUGGCGAGCGACACCUCGGCGUUCGCCAACACCUACAUCGAGAGCCGGGACACGGCGGGCGCGUACGUGUUCAGCGCGGCGCUGCCGCCCGGCGUGAGGAAGGAGGAGGUGCGGGUGGAGGUGGACGAGGGCAACGUGCUGGUCAUCACCGGGGAGCGCAGCGUCCGCCGGGAGGAGCGCGGCGACAGGUGGCACCACAUCGAGCGCAGCUGCGCCACGUUCCUCGGCAGGUUCCACCUGCCCGGGGACGCCGCCGUGGACGGCGUCAGGGCCGCCAUGGACGCCGGCGUGCUCACGGUCACCGUGCCCAAGGUCGGGGCCAUCGCCGCCGCCGCCGCCGCCGCCGCCGCCUCCGUCGAGAAGCCGGUCGGGGAGCCGACGGUGGCCGUGGAGGCCGGCCCCUGCUGAUUUGACGCGCCGGCGCGCGCGUUCCAUCACGGGCGAGGCACGCCCCUGUUGAACGAACACUAAGGUCUCUCGUCCGUACCGUCUGAAGCUUCCUCCUCCUCUGGUUUGGUAUUGCAUACUUUCCCGUGUGAUGGAUCUGCCUGCACGCAUGUAACAAGAAAAAAAAAGAAUCCGUUCUGUGCUCGGUAAAUGAAUAGCAACCUAAGCAGCUAAGCUGGAAUCCUGUACAUGUCUCUACUAAUUUCUUCGUCUUUUCUUGAGAUUGCAGCCUCUACAAACUUUUCUUCAUGUCGUAAUAAAGUUGUGACGAGUUAACGACAGCAA